AUGACCACAAAAACCCAAACAACCCAAACAGCCGACACCAACAACAGUCACGACACCAUGGGCCUCACAAAAGCCAACACAACCGCCACAGCCCGCCAAAUCGCCUUCUUCCGCACCAUCCCGUGGUGCGCCGCCCUCUUAUCCAACCCUUCCCUCGUCAUCGACCAAGCCGUCUCCCGCUAUCUGACCCACACCCCUCGCGACGUCCUCAUCUCACGCACCCUCAACCGUGCGGAUGCCAUCCCGGCUUACAUCACUUUUUACUCCACGGGGUCUGCUACUCCCACACCAUCUCAGUCUCAACCCACCGCCACCACCACAACCCCAACCACACCAACAACCCCAGCCCCAGCCCACCAAACAGACAAGGACGGCCUGAUAAAAGAAAUCCACGCCCUCCUAGCCCUCGGCCCAGCCCUAAACGGAUGGGAAGGCCUCUGCCACGGCGGGAUAGUGACCACCCUCCUCGACGAAGUCAUGGGGCAAGUCUUUUCUGUCAAUCGCAAUGAGGGGAGGCUGCCGGCUGACGGGCCGCCGGCGUUGACGGGGUAUUUGAAUACUACUUUCUUAAAACCCGUUCGUACAGGCACGGCUCUUCAGGGGGGUCUCGGAGAGGGGACUAGGGGGGCUGAGGGGAUUGAUGUGAAAGGGGCUGGGGUUGGGGAAGAGAACGCCGGGGCUGCAGGGGAGGGAAAUGGACCGGCGGUGGUGUUGAUCACAGGGCGGCUAUUGAAGAGGGAAGGGAGGAAGUAUUGGCUGGAGGCGGUUUUGGAGAAGGAAGGGGGGGUGGUGUUGGCCAAGGCGGAGGCUAUGUUUGUGGUGUUGAGGGAGAGGUUGUAG